AUGGUGUUUCCGGACUACCACUUCUUUGCUGAAAGACGUUUGGUAAACCAUACCAUUGAUGAAAAACGCGUCAAGAAUUUGGAUGACUGUGAACUCUUUUGCUACCUGACCGACGACUGUGUCAGUCUUAACUACAAAAAAGAUUCAGAAAAUGAUAAAACAGGUUACAACUGUGAACUUAAUAACGCCACGCAUCUGAAAUAUGACAGUGACUUGACAACACAUGCCAAGUUUUAUUAUCGUGGUUCGAAGGUGAGUUACAAAUCGAUUUUUCAAAAUUAUCGCCUUGGAAUAAAGCAAAAACAAUAUGAAUGUUUAUGCAAAUUCUCGUGCAUUCGAUCAUUCGGUAUUUAGUUUCUUCUUUCACUCAAACUCUCGAUCUUUCUUUAGUUAUUUCGUUUCAUUGUGUUUUUAUCCUUCAGAACGCUUGUGACAAGAGUUCCCAUUGCCAAAAUAACGCAACUUGCCAGUCGGGUUUUACAUUCAAGGGAUAUCGAUGCUUGUGUCCUCCUGGAUUCGAGGGAGAACAUUGUGAAAAGGGUAUGAGUCUAAGUCAACGCCUGAAAUGAACAUAAAUGAGAUUUUUUCUAAUUUUCAAUGCUGGUAUGACAACUGUUCUUUAUUUUUUUUUAUUUUUUACUUUGAACGUUCGACGCCUUUUCCUGGCAAAAUAAAUCAGAGCAGUUCAUAUGUAUGUCGAAGGCUUAAUAUAGUAACUGCAAGGAGAGCUCAGAAAUAAUGGCUUAAUUGAAAGUUACCACCAGAGAACCACUUAAAGCAGGAAGUUACAUAUAAAUUGAGGUUUUUGCGAAUUGCUGAGUUCCUAUGGCUCUUUGAUAGAAAGCAAAAUGCUUAUUUCUUUAGUUGAUAUUUUAUUCGUGUAUUCUUUUCCCUGCUUCUCUCUAAUUUUACGACAGAUAUUGAUAAAUGCGAAGCAUUUAUUGGAAAAUGCCACAAAGAGGCUACGUGUAAUAAUACAUACGGAUCAUACGUGUGUAUAUGCAAACCUGGAUUUAUCGGAGAUGGUCAUAAUUGUACAGGUAACUGGAAAUAGUUGGUUUUUCGGUCGAUGUUUAUUUUGAUAACGUGGCGAGUCAUAUUUUCUUCAAACUAAGUAAGACAGUUAUCCAACUAAAAGUUUUUAAGUGUUGGCUUUUUGCAUAGAUAACUUGUUUUCACCAGGUACGACAAUCUUGCGUUCUCGCAAUCCUGCAAAAGAUUGAAAACAGCCAUGACUUGCACUCUUAAACACGGUAAUGGCGUAUGCACAGCAAUUUUUGCAUAAUUUAGAAAUCCCAUUUUUUUCAUCUGUGAUUUCAUAGACGUUGAUGAGUGUCAAGGAAACCACUCGUCAUGAGAAUGCAAACUGCACCAACACCAUUGGAUCACAUGUAUGCAAUUGUCAGCUUGGAUAUACUGGAGAUGGACAAAAUUGCACAUUUGAUUUGAUUCACAUAAGAGCAAUUCAUAUGUAUGUUGAUUGCUCAAUGGAGUAACUGCAAUGCGAAUUCAGAAAUAAUAUCAUAAUUGAAAUGUCCCAUCAAAGAACCACUUAAAAACAGAAAGCUGCAAUGAAAUUGAGGUUUUUGCGAACUCCUAUGACUCUCGGUUAGAAACCGAAAUGCUUAUGUCUUUAGCUGAUAUUUUAUUAAUUUUUCUUUUUUUUUUUUAAUUUCUAAUUUUACGACAGAUAUUGAUGAAUGCGAAACAAACCCUCAGAGAUGCCAUGCUAAGACUGUAUGUAACAACACACAUGGAUCUUACGUGUGCACAUGUAAACCUGGAUUUAUCGGAGAUGGCCAGAAUUGUACAGGUACAGUCAACACUCUCAAAAGCCUUCAGAUUCAUGUUGACUAGUAAUAAGCUUUUGUUUGGUUGAUUGUUUGUCGUUGCUGUUUAUUUUGGUAACGUGGCAAGCAAUGUAUUAGUUCUGCAAAAUAGGUGAGGCUGACUCUUGACUUUCGAAUAAAAAAACGCACUCCCAUUUUUCAUUCUCUUCUCUUCUUUUCUUUCUUUUUUUGACAGAUAUUGACGAAUGUAAAACAUACCCUGGCAAAUGUCACGUAAAUGCUACUUGUAAUAACACACACGGAUUAUACGUUUGCACAUGCAAACCUGGAUAUACUGGAGAUGGACACAAUUGUACAGGUACAGUCAAUAAUCUCGAAAGCCCUCAGAUUCUUUUCGACUUUAAUAAUAGUUUUUUCUUUGUUGUGGUUGCUUUUUAUACCAUGGAGAGCCAAUGUUAAAUUUCUGUAGGGAAAGGCAGUUACCCACAGUUAGUGCUUUGCUUUGAGUCAUAGAGAUAAAAGGUGUAAAAUUUCAUAAAUACGUCAAAAAACAAAAUGAAGAUGAGAGUAUGUAUUCAAACAAAAUUUAAACAAUCGGUGACGUAAUUCGCAUCGGCUACCCGUCUAAAUAUAGCGGACUCCUGCGUAUCAAAAAAAUUAAUAAUAAUAAUGAGAGCGUGGAAAUGUGUUUACUGUAUCUUACUAUCGUAAUGGCUGAUUUUUUAUCGCUAUAGGCCGUCGUUGAUAUCCUAUUUUUCCACGGAAAAUCUUGCAUCUAGUUUAAAAAAGAUUGGUUUCAAAAGAAUAGGGGUAUCAAUUAUUUAUCAUCAGUUUUUUUAUUACUUUACUGGCAUUCGCCAUUUUUUUAUUUCUCUUCAAUUCUUACUGAGUGUGUGCAAGAGAUAAAAGCUUCUUUAAACCAGUCGGCAACCUUUGGUCAAAAUUCGUGGGUGAAUUUACCACUGUACUCUCUACCGUUGUAAUGUUGCCCACUAAGAGACUUUUGAAUGUAAAAUAGUAGUUGUUAGAUUUUGUGGCAGACCAAAGAAACCACUUGAUAAGGCGCGCUGCUGGGGAAAAGUUAUAGCUGUAUAACAACACAUUUUGCAUUUUUGAAAUACAUUAUUUUGCACUGUGAAGCAGCAUGUAUUUUCAGAGUACAAAAUGGAUCUCUACAAUAAAUAACAAAAAUUUCACCUAACGAUGAAAAUUUUGUUUCAUAAUUAGAUCUUGAAAUUAUUUUUAUGGUCUUGCCAUUCAGACUGGUAAAUGGCUGAUAUUUAUUUCGACAAGUCUUUAAGAGAACAUUCUGCUCGUUUUAUAAUAAUCAUUGGUGUUCAAAGAUUAUUACAUUUUGUGACAUUUAGUUUUCUUUUAUCUUCUAGGGGUACCCGUUACAGUUUGAUCCUGACUUAGUAUGCUUGUUCUCUUUCAGACAUUGACGAAUGUAGGGAGGUUCAUGUUGAUAAAAUAAAGCAAUGCCAUCCGAGUGCCUCUUGCAUUAAUACCCAGGGCUCAUACAACUGUUCUUGUAACCCUGAUUACAUUGGAGAUGGUUUUAGCUGUGAAGGUACGUUUGGUAUUUACCAUCUGAUUAGUUAUGUUCCGUAUUUGUCAGACUCGGUCUAAAUAGUUACCGCUCAGGUUGCCAUAAAUGGCUAUGUGGCUGCUUGGUUAUGAGUAUUCUACGUUAGCUAUUACCAAAAGUUGCCCUUUGACAUCUCAUUGAAGAGAGAGGAAAUACGAAUUAGAUAGUGCUAUCUAUAUCUAAUGGUAUCUUAUCGCCCAUAUUGAUUUUGCUACUCUCGCCGACUGAAUUUCAGCAUAACUACUACUUGACCUUUCACUUAAUGUAUAAUAAUCUUUCUUGUAAACAUAAGUUUUGGUUCUAGUCGCCAAACUUCUAGAACUUGUAAUCGUUAAAAAAUAUUUAGCCUUUUAUUCUGAUAAAUUUAUUCAUUAUCAUUAUGUAACUUUAUAGCCGAUCCGUGUAUCAAUUACAACAACCUGAGUGAUUCAAAUCGAAAGAGCAGUUACGCAACACCCGCUUCUCUAGUACUGUGUGACGACACACUCCCUGUGGGAUGGUAUCGUUUUGUGGGAGCUGCAGGAACAAAAAUGGCGACGACGGCUGUAGGUCGAUACCACUGUGGUACAGCCUUACCGGGCUGGUUGCAUGGUGCUCAUCCUACUGUGGAAGAAGGUAAAGCGCGCAGGAAGGUGUUAUUUAGUGAUAAAGGAGACAUUUUCAUUGAAGUAAAAAACUGUGGAUCCUUCUAUAUCUACAAUAUCCUGAAGCCACCAGGUUGUGAUAUGCGAUACUGUGGUUCAGACUGA